CCUGAACUUCAGUCCACAUAGUAGCUGAGCUGAGUGAUGCUGUGGGAAUUGAGAUUUUUUAAAAAUGGCAGCUCUCUCAAGAAUACGGAAUUACAUCAUUUAAAUCAGAUCAUUUCUCUCUGAAUUCUGUUGUUUUCUUUAAUUGGCAGAGAAGUGGACCGCGGCACCAUGCCCGAGGUCUCUAAACUCAAGAAGCCCGACGUGAAGCUCGUCCUCUUGGGGGACAUGAACGUGGGGAAGACCUCUCUGCUCCACCGCUACACGGAGAGGAAGUUCAAAGACACUGUGAGCACGGUCGGAGGGGCGUUUUUCCUCAAACAGUGGGGGCCAUACAACAUCUCCAUAUGGGACACCGCAGGUCGGGAGCAGUUCCAUGGUUUGGGGUCCAUGUAUUGUCGUGGGGCAGCUGCCAUCAUCCUAACCUAUGACGUGACCAACUGGCAGAGCCUGGUUGAGCUGGAGGAGCGUUUUCUAUCACUAACAGACACUGCUAACCAUGACUGUAUUUACGCUGUCGUGGGCAACAAGGCAGAUCUGACUGACCUCACAGCCCAGUUACCACAGACUUCGGACUUGGGAGACCAAACCAAAAGUGAAGAGUCGCAGGUACUGUCAGCUUGUCCCACGCCGCCUGCAUCCCCUGUCUCCAUUUCUGGGGUACUCCUUCGCAAACAGGUUACCCACGACGAUGCUGUAGCUCUCUAUGGGCGAAUACUACGCUACAAAUGCUUGGAUGAAAAAAGCACCCUGCCUGCUGAGAAGAUGUGCUUUGAAACUAGUGCCAAAACAGGGUAUAAUGUGGACAGUCUUUUCGAGACACUAUUUGACCUAUUGUUACCCUCUAUUCUCAGGAAAAGAAAUGAGAACCAAGAGUCCCCAACUGUGGACUUGGAGGACUGUAGGACAAGUGGGGGAAAGCGGGGGAAAGCUUCCUGCUGCUAGGAGCACAUUUUUAAACAAAUACAUAUGCAAUCAAAGCACUAAAUAAAACUGUGAUGAAGAUUGUGUGAUAUACAUUUCCAA